CAAAACAACACGUGUUUUAUUUUUAUCAGUUUUCGAAAAAUUUUUCAAAAUUUCUAAUGGAAUGGAACUAUUUGAAUGAUUUUAGAUAUUCAGGUAAUAUAUUCGUGAGUUUUUACAGUUAGGUUAGAAUCACAUAGUUCAUAUUCCAACAACCAACCUUGAAGGAUCUCGAAAAUGAAGUGGGAUGGAAAACCCUACAAAAAGAAAAAUCCGGUGAUCUCCAAAUCGGCCAAUAAAGACAAUGCUCCUCCUUCGGAUCCGGAUCACCAAGACGUACCACACAGCAUGAAAGAAUUCAUGAAACUAAAGCAGUUGGCUGCAGCUGAAAAUGCUGCCACUAAGAAAAAGAAAAACAAAAAGGAAACGAAUCUAAAGAAUUCUGAAAAGCAACAACCAAGUGUAAAAAGUAGUAAAAAAGAAUCGUCAAAUGUUACUCCUACUCCUCCUACUACUAAAUCAACUUCAGAUAUUUCAUCUUCCAAAGCGAAUAUUAGAAAAGAAAAAUUACAAGGUUUGAAGAAGAAGAAACGCUUAAAAUAUCAGAAAUUAAAGGACAAACGAAAAUUGAAAAAGUUGGAAAAGAAAGAAAAAGUUACCUUCGAUACCGAAGAAAAUUUGAAGGAUGUUCGUAAAGAAGAAAUUAAAUUUGGUGAAGUUGCUCAUAGACCUCCGCAAAUUUCAGUACGUCCUAGAAAAGUAACCAAGACCGGAUUUGAAAAUCGACCUGGAAGAAAAGAUGAUUUAUUAUUGAAGUCUUUGCUGAAAAACACCGACUAUAAAAAAGAAGCACGAACACCUUUAACCGAUAAGAGAAAGAAUCUAUCUGUAUCUGAUCAAAGACAAAUAGAAGUUGAACGACAGAAAGCGAUGUUAGCUUAUAAGAACAUGAAACAUAAACAGUCUAAACUGAAGAAUUCGUUCAAAUAAAAUCAUUUAUGUUGUA